AGAUAGAGGGAGACACGCGCACACACAGUCGGCGGAAGAUGGGGCCACAACACGGUAGAGGAUGGGUGCCGGAGCCCGGCUGACCUUUCCACGUGUCCCCGGCACCUGCGAGGCUGGUGGGGCAUCAGGUUUCCUUUUUCUCGGGGCGGGCGCGAGCCCGGAAGAGGCUGGGCGGCCGUGGGCUUAGAUCAGGGGGCUCGGAGGCCCUCCCUUGGAACACGUGUGGCUGGCGAGCUGGUGGUGCGGGGGCAGUCCUUGGCUUUCCCGCACCCGCAGUGCCUGCGCGUUCCCAGCCCGCCCGUGGUCACCAGACGGCGGCGGGCGGGUCCCGGAGCUUUCAGCCAGCUUUGCUGGGCGGCCUAGGGAGCGCGCCCAGCCCGGCUGGAGCGAGCCCCAGUGCAAUACUGCCCAAGCCCGGGCGGGGUCUCUGUUCUCUGGCAGAGGAGGUCCCUUGGCAGCGGGAAGCGCCCUCUCUUUCUCUCGCCGCCGCUCCGAGUCUGCGCCCUGGUGCCAGGCGCUCAGCUCGGCGCUCCCCUGUGCUCGCCCGGCGCCCACUCAUUCGCAGCCCGGCCUUCGUCGCCGCCGCCUCCCUGCUGCUCCUCCUCCUUUCCCCAGCCCGCCGCGGCCAUGGCGGACAGCGCCAGCGAGAGCGACACGGACGGGGCGGGGGGCAACAGCAGCAGCUCGGCCGCCAUGCAGUCGUCCUGCUCGUCGACCUCGGGCGGCGGCGGUGGCGGCGGGGGAGGCGGCGGCGGUGGGAAGUCGGGGGGCAUUGUCAUCUCGCCGUUCCGCCUGGAGGAGCUCACCAACCGCCUGGCCUCGCUGCAGCAAGAGAACAAGGUGCUGAAGAUAGAGCUGGAGACCUACAAACUGAAGUGCAAGGCACUGCAGGAGGAGAACCGCGACCUGCGCAAAGCCAGCGUGACCAUCCAAGCCAGGGCUGAGCAGGAAGAAGAAUUCAUUAGUAACACUUUAUUCAAGAAAAUUCAGGCUUUGCAGAAGGAGAAAGAAACCCUUGCUGUAAAUUAUGAGAAAGAAGAAGAAUUCCUCACUAAUGAGCUCUCCAGAAAAUUGAUGCAGUUGCAGCAUGAGAAAGCCGAACUAGAACAGCAUCUUGAACAAGAGCAGGAAUUUCAGGUCAACAAACUGAUGAAGAAAAUUAAAAAACUGGAGAAUGACACCAUUUCUAAGCAACUUACAUUAGAACAGUUGAGACGGGAGAAGAUUGACCUUGAAAAUACAUUGGAACAAGAACAAGAAGCACUAGUUAAUCGCCUCUGGAAAAGGAUGGAUAAGCUUGAAGCUGAAAAGCGAAUCCUGCAGGAAAAAUUAGACCAGCCCGUCUCUGCUCCACCAUCGCCUAGAGAUAUCUCCAUGGAGAUUGAUUCUCCAGAAAAUAUGAUGCGUCACAUCAGGUUUUUAAAGAAUGAAGUGGAACGGCUGAAGAAGCAACUGAGAGCUGCUCAGUUACAGCAUUCAGAGAAAAUGGCACAGUAUCUGGAGGAGGAACGUCACAUGAGAGAAGAGAACUUGAGGCUGCAGAGGAAGCUGCAGAGGGAGAUGGAGAGAAGAGAAGCCCUCUGUCGACAGCUCUCCGAGAGUGAGUCCAGCUUAGAAAUGGACGACGAAAGGUAUUUUAAUGAGAUGUCUGCACAAGGAUUAAGACCUCGCACUGUGUCCAGCCCGAUCCCUUACACACCUUCUCCGAGUUCAAGCAGGCCUAUAUCACCUGGUCUAUCAUAUGCAAGUCACACGGUUGGUUUCACGCCACCAACUUCACUGACUAGAGCUGGAAUGUCUUAUUACAAUUCCCCGGGUCUUCACGUGCAGCACAUGGGAACAUCCCAUGGUAUCACAAGGCCUUCACCACGGAGAAGCAACAGUCCUGACAAAUUCAAACGGCCCACGCCGCCUCCAUCUCCCAACACACAGACCCCAGUCCAGCCACCUCCGCCUCCACCUCCGCCACCCAUGCAGCCCACGGUCCCCUCAGCAGCCACCUCACAGCCUACUCCUUCGCAACAUUCGGCGCACCCCUCCUCCCAGCCUUAAUGCAUGAGCUUAGUCUGAAUUUCAAGUUGGGACUCAUCCAAUGGAGCCGUCUACUCAACGCCAAAGGCUUCCUUCUCUGGCAUAUUUGGAUAUGACUUAUUUGCACUGAGGUUAUCUAGGCUUCACUAUCCAUUGUGUUGUAAAUGUUUGUCAGAAAUGCAGCCAGUGUUGUGGGUCUACAACACUAACCAGACGACUUUUUCCAUCAGUGUUUUACUUGAAUCUUCAUGUACGUCCAUUCCCUGGCUGGAACCUUCGCUGUUUGGUAUUUGGUAUUUCAGCAGCAGUGUGCAAUUUUUGCUUGGCCCAGAGCUUCAUUCUCCUGGCUUUUAGGUUUGUGAAAGAAAAAGGGAUAUCUUUUUUAUAUUUUUUUCCAUGAAUCUGCAGAAAAUUACUGAGCUGUUGUUACCCUCUUCUCAUUAUAAUAGUGUUUACCAAACAUACCAAUAAUUCAGCACUACAAUUCAGACCUUUGAAAAUCUGGCUUUCAGUGUAGAACAGAAAGUUAGAUGAAUCAGUGCCCAAGACAUAUUUUCUGUUUAACAGAACUUUCUACAGAUACAUUUUUUACAGGUUAUUUUCAUUGUGUUAUUGACAUCCAUGUCUCUCGUAAAACAGAUGGCCCAAAGUAAUGAAUCAUGUGGCUGUACCUUCUCCACAUAAAUGGGAUGGAUAAUUAUCGUAUAUUAAGAUGUGAUUCUCUUUUUUAUCUUUAAUGUUAAUCUACUUAACCUGGCCCCCUCUAACAUGAGUCAAUAAAUGUUGUCCUACUCACCCGUGGUUUCAAUGGCUAAUUAGAAUGUGUUAUUUGAUUUCUGCUGCAGAAGGCAGUGUGAUUGUAACAAAAACAAUGUGGCUUCCCCCUUUCAUACUUCAUUUGUGUUCUCUUAAAAUAGAGUUUGAACAAAUAUUUUAAAGGUGCAAAAUACUAUUAGAAAAUACUAUUUGAAAUGGACAUUAUGGGAUUAUCUUGGCAUAAUGGCCAGAAAAUAUUGUAUUGCUUGGCAGAAAAGAAAAAAAGGUCUGAAGGAAAGUAGCACAUUAGCAUUGAUGGCUGUUCAUUUCACCCAGUAUAAGCAAGUGCAGUGUACAAAGAAGUAUAUUCUGAAUACAUUAUUUCCAUUCAUUUAGCACAAAUAAAUCAUUUGGUUUCACUUUGCAGUGGAA